AUGGAAAGAGACUUGGAAGGCAGCCCAGAGUUACGAUGCAGGCAUGUGCUAGAUGGCAACCUAGGAGCACAGUACCAUCUUUACUGGCGUUUCCACGCAGCUCCAGAGGAGUCCCACAACAACGUCCCCCUGAGGCGGCAGUGGCGCCUGCGGGGACCACUAGCAGCCAUGGGCUUGGGGAAAGUGGGGACCAAGGCCCAGCUUCUGUGUCCUGUCAGAGAAAGGCGAGCAGCCCCUCAGGGAAGGAUCAGCCUCCAUGCGAGGCCUCCUGACGUCCCCAGGCAGCAGCCCCAGGCCGUAAAAUCCCUGUCUCCAAUUCAGGAAGAAGAGUCUGAGAUUCCUAUGCCUAGAAAAAGUAACAACUGGCAUGAUGUAGAGUCUUUCUACCAGUUUUCCUGCAACAUCUAUGGCAAAAGAUUUGAGAAGGACAGCGUAGUGACACAUAAAGCAAAAAGCCACCCUGAGGUGCUGACUGAAGAAGCUCUGGCUGCCAACACAAGCACCCUCAUCAUCAGCACAGAGAUUUUGGGCACUAACCCAGAGUCCUUGACACGGCCUUCAGAUGGUCAGGGUUUUCCUUUUCUUCCUGAGCCCUUGGGAAACUCAACCUCUGAAGGAUGCCUACCACUAGAAGCUGAAAGGAUGUCAGGGUCAUACUGCAGUGGGAUGGGACAGGUGAGCCGGGGGAAAAGCUUUGCAGGAAACAGCAGCAGUGAGGGCACCGAAGGGCUGCUCAUGAACUCGGAUGCUAUCACAGAGGUUCUGAUUGAAGAUUCGGACUACCAGAACUUAGUGAAAGAUAAGGUCUACCAGACCUUAGUGGAAGGGAAGACUUGGGGCACUGGGACAGCUCAGACUUUGUAUUUAAAAGUAAAAAGAACCAAAAAAUUUUUAAAGCAUUUAAAAUCUAGGGAAGAUGGCGGCUGCUCCUUUGGAGGAGCGGGAUUGAGAGGAACGAAGAGGGAAGACCAAACAGAAGAGACAUUCCGGGCUCUGAAGACUAAGCUGCGCUGGCCGUUAGGAGCUCUGCUCUACGCCAGACGUGGCCCCUUCCGGAGUGAAGAGGAGGAGGAGGGGGCGGCGGCUGGUCGGUAG